GUUUAAAUUCAUAUUUGAAAGAUAACUAUCCAUAUAUAAUAAUAGAUAUAUAAAUUAUCAAGAAAAGAGAAAUCAUAAUAACAUUUCUAAACUGUCCAAACCUCACGAAUGAAUAAAAAGUUAGAUUUACAUUGGAUCUUUCUUAAAUCUUCCGUCUUAUGUGCCUCCAAAUAUCUUCCUUUGUUGGGGUGGCAAUUUCCCACCUGAACCUCACCAAGCCUAUAAAUUCGAACCGCACCGAGAGCCCAAAAUUCCCGGAAAGUUUGCAAGAGCCAGCGUGACCCGAAGAAAACAUACAGUUAACCCAAUCAUCGGCAACGUCAGCUUCCACAUUUUCCGAAUCUGUCCUCUCUCUUUUGGCACUGAAAGUGAAAAACAAAAUCGUUUUUAUUGUUUGAUAUUUCUCAAAAGAAGCUGGGGCGUGAUCACCAAAAUUAAAACCUUCAGAUCUUUGAAUUCAGAACUAUGUGGAGAAGGCUACUGAUUCCACAACUAAAAACCCUAGCCACAGUUCCACGCCGAUCCCCUUCUAAAACGCCGCUGCUUCAGUUCAAAUGUUCCGUUUCUCCAUUGCCUUCCUCAUCGCUCCUCACUCGCCACUUAGCUGCCGGGUCAGGUUGUAUACACAUGUGAAAAAGAGGGUUGAGGAUGUAAUGCCCAUCGCCACUGGUCAUGAGCGCGAGGAGCUUGCUGCUGAGCUUGAGGGAAAGAAAAUCCUUGAAGAUGUAAACAAUCCUGUCGGUCCUUUUGGCACAAAGAGGAUGAGCAUGAUGGUGUUUGGUUUUGGCUGGAGAAAGGCAAGCUGCAUGAGUGUCCAGUUUGUUCACGGUAUUUUGUGUUGGAAGUUGUAGGUCCUGGAGGACCUCCGGAUGGACAUGGAGACGAUCAUCAUUUAUUGCAACUCAGUUGUUCCUAUUGGAAUAAAAUUGGAGUAAGAUGGAAUGAUGUCCAGUAUACGGUGCACCUUCAAAUGCUAAAAUCUUCAUGUCUUGUUUGAUUCCAAUUGGGCGGCAGUUGCCCUCGCAACAUUUGAGAUGGUAUGACUUUUUCUUUUUUGGGCAAUCUAGAGACGGUGGUCUGUUUGAACUAUGAAUCUUCUUAGGUGAACUUUUAAUGCGUUGGCAGAUAAUCUAUGGCUGCCUUUCCAUUGUUUCGUGAAAGAAACUUGCUGGCGUUAAACCAUUAUUCUGGUUUUGCUGGCGUAACUUUGGAAUAUUGAAUCUGAAAUUCACUGGUAACUUUUCAUCA